UUUGGAAUCAAAAUUGCGAUUGAGCUCGAACCCUAACCCAAAGUUCAGGCAUGUGUUGAUUUUUAAUCGGCUUCUCGCGAAACCAUCUCUCUCCAUUUCUUCCCUGCAAAAAAUCGGAAACUAGGGAUUGCGAUGGCAUUAACUGGGCGUAUCAGAUCCGGACUUCCCUUCUUCCGUUACCUCCUGAGAUCGGAAGCCACCCUCUCCCGGCGAUCGAUUGCCGAUAGAAGCUUCCCAAGCCCCAAUCUUGCAGGUUCCGAGGGCUUGAGGUGCUUUGCGACGAAAACGAAGGAGACUGAAGCAAAUAUUAAGAUCCCUCUGUCUCUCUUUGGGGGUACUGGAAACUAUGCAUCUGCUCUAUUCCUCGCUGCUGCCAAAGCCAACCAGUUAGACAAGGUUGAAUCGGAGAUACUCGAUGUCGUCGAAGCUUCCAAGAGGAGCCCUCUGUUCUCGAGUUUCAUUAAGGAUCUAUCAAUACCGAGGGAGACCAGAGUAAAAGCUGUGUCCGAAAUUUUUUCGGAGGCUGGUUUUACAGAUGUCUGCAAGAAUUUCUUGA